CUCCCCGUAGCUUAGAGACCCGCAGCCGCCCGUUGGCUUCUGCUUCCUGAAAAUGUCGGUCUGGGGUCGGGUCGCUGUCGGGCUGAGGGGGUUUCUGAACAGGCCUCGGUGUCUCGGAGUUUCGAGGCUGCGACGUGCCGUCGGAUCCGGCUCCGCCGUUUUGGGAUCUCUCGUCGGACUCGGAGCGGGUUACCAUUACGCGGGUAGUAGGGCCAUUCCGUCCACCGUGUACGCUGAGCAGAAAGAGAGUGCAGCACCCCACCUGCCUGCCAGACGAAUGCGUUUCAUCCAGUUCGCCUCGGUGAUCUAUGAAGAUGAGCCUUACAUGACCCCAAGGGACUUCCUUUUCUCUGUGAUGCUGGAGAAUGUUGACCGAAAGCUGCAGGAGAGGGUUUUGACUAAAAGGGAGCUUGAGAAAAUGUUAACCGCAGCCUCGAACGCAAAGGCAGGCAACGACCUGUUCAGAAACCUGGGAGAUUGUGGUUUGAUAUCCUACACAGAAUACUUGUUCCUGCUAACCAUCCUGACCAAACCUCGCACAGGAUUUCACAUAGCUUUCAAAAUGCUUGAUAUUGAUGGCAAUGAGCAUGUCGACAAAAAGGAGUUUCUCAAGCUCAAGAAAAUCAUUGGAAACAGGAAAAAGAAGCUUUUAGAGGACAACACAGAUAGACCAGUGAAUGAGGUGGACGGCGUGAACACUACACUACAGGCCUAUUUCUUCGGGAAGAACGGAGAAGACAAGCUGCAAUAUCAGGAUUUCCGCAGGUUCAUGGAGAAUCUGCAGUCCGAGGUGCAGGAGAUGGAGUUCCUGCAGUUCUCGAGGGGCAUGGACACCAUGCGGCGGGAGGACUUUGCCGAGUGGCUGCUGCACUACACCAACGAGGAAGACAAUGAGGCCUACUGGGAAAACAUGAGGAAGAGGAUCCCCGCAGGCCAGAGCAUCACGUUUGAUGAGUUCAAAGUCUUCUACCUCUUCACAAACAAUCUGGAGGAUUUUGCUUUCUCCAUGAAAAUGAUCAGUCAAGCCAAUCGUCCUAUUGGAAUAGCCCAGUUUAAGCGAGCUGUGAGGAUCGCCACAGGCCACGAUCUGUCUGACAACGUGCUGGACACAGUAUUUAAGAUAUUUGAUAUGGAUGGAGACAACUGCCUUAGUCAUAAGGAGUUCAUCGCUGUGAUGGAGGACAGAGUGCUGCGGGGCCUCAAGGUGCAGCCCCAGCACGGCAUCUCUGGCUACUGGAAGUGUGUGAAGCGGGAGACUCUGAAGGGAGCCAAAGAAGCACUGCAGCACACAGGAAGCCCUUUCUGAAGGGCCGCGUGUUGUGUUUUUCAAAGACCACCAGCCAUUGUGUGACCGAUGACCUGGCUGUAUUUAGCUGUAAAGACACCUGGUCUUAAGUAACAAAUGGCGAGCAAAGGAUUUACAGCACAUUCUAUGUACGCAUUCACACACCAGCAUGUCUGUUAAUAUGUGGUUGGUAUAUUACGCCAGGGUGUAAGCAAAAGGUCUAUGGGAAUGGUGUCGCGUUUACAAUUACUUUAUAUUGGGACACGUUUUAGAACGAUGGGGCGAAAUGUUUAUUCAAAUCAGGCAUUUUCUACUAAUGGGUUACCACUUUGUGCUUCAUCUUGCACUUUAUUCACUUUCUAAACAUUGCUUGCAGUGUGUUUACAAAACUGGUUUAACUGUGGUAAAAUGGGAGAGAUUUGUGGAGAAAUGUGAAAACAAACACCAUGGCUGCAAAUUGUCUUGGGGGG